AUGCUACAUUUUGGGGGCUCUUCCAGGAAAUGUGCAGCGUGGGUGUACUUCUUCCCGUUAAAGAAGUCAUUGGCUGUCACGUCUCUUCUAAACUCUACCAUCAUCAGCAGCGUGGCAGACCAGCAACAGUGGUGUCCUGACUAUCAGCGAACACGGAGAGAGCGAGCUAAGUUUUCAAGCGAUGAGCAGUUCGGGAAGUGUCUUUAUUCAGACCAGUGUCGAGAACCCAAUCGGCAGUCCAGGGAAGCAGCAGUAUUGGAAUUGAAAGGCGUAACAGACACUUCCCAAACUGCCUCUGUGCCUCCUGAGUUGUGCAUUUGGCUUCAACCCCGUGUUCCGGUCAUGACAGAACGGUCUGGCCAUAAGAUGGACCCAGCCGACUCAGCUGCACUCCGCCAUACCCUGCAAGUCCAAGGAAGACGUCUCGCCGAACAGGAGACCGCUCUCCAAGCGACUAACCACCGGGUACAGGAAAUAGUUGCUUGGCUGGAUUCCUGGUUCACGUCCCUGUCCAGUGCUACCGGCAGUAGUUUGGAGGCAGCUACCGCCACGAGUUCGAGUCCGUCCGAGCUCACUCCCAUUCAGGUCACUGACACCCAGCGGACCGUGUGUUCGCCACUCUCCCAGCUGUAGCGGUUUUCUGGAGAGUCAGUUAAUAUUUAGUCCUUUCUCACCCAAUGUGAUCUACAUUUUGAGUUAGUCCUCCGCCUUUCCCACCGAUCGCUCCCGGAUAGCGUUCGUGAUUUCCCACCUGACGGGGAGGGCAGAAGCCUGUGCAACUGCAGAGUGGAGCCGCGGUUCCGACACAUGCCGCUCCUCGGCUUCCUUCAAGCAAGCUGUCAGGUUUAAGCAGCCUAGGACAUUUAAAGUACAAUUCUCAAGGAAGGAAGACAAGAGGAACUUCUGGCUCGCGAAGAGAACGUCAAUAGCGGAAUUUCCACCGACACCCUGCAGGCGGGGGCGGGCGUUGUUAACCUGGGCCACAACCGAUCCGGUAUGGAAUUUAACUGCGCGACAGGGCUCCGCCACCCUCAGGGUGUUUUGACGCUCAAACUGCUUGACAUUGGCUAGUAUCGACAAGGCUUGUUCAUAUCACCUUACACGCUGUAAUGUCUCCCUGUCAUUUCUCAUCUUGAAAUCCAGCUCGAAGGACAAAUUUAAUGUCAGGUUUAAGCAGCCUCCGACAUUUAAAGUACAAUUCUCAAGGAAGGGAGACAAGAGGAACUUCUGGCUUGCGAGGAGACUGUGGGAUGUGUCUCUUUCACAAUCUCCAACCCAUUCUAAUCACAUCUCUACCUCUCCACUUUUUUUUAUUCCUUAGCGUGGUCUGCAUCACAACAAAGCAAAUGUGACAAACAAAGCAACCAUGGCAAAAAUAGUCCAUGUGAGUCUUUGCGAUGUCUUCACCAUCUUGAGAUCGUCAGUCUUUAUGUUGUCUUCUGCAUCACUGGCUGGUGUUUCCACAGCACCCAAUGGGCCUCUUGAUUGCAUUACAUUAACCAAAGAAGCAUUUAAAACAACCAAAAGAGCAAAUAUGAGAUCACUUUAUGUCCAAUUAAUCCAAGAUUUCGCACCUGUUUAUCUAAAAUUUUCUUAAAUUCUCACAUCACCCAAAAUAGAUACUUUGCAAGA